UCCACCCAAGACCAAAUCUGUCUGCCUGUCAUACAUCAGUGAUGGAUACACAAUUUCUAUAUUUAUAGUGCAGAAGGCAGAUCACAGAUCACUGCAGUUUUGUCUAAUGUUAAAAGGAAAAAUAUAUAUAUAAACAUAUAUAUAUAUAUACACACACAUUUAAUCAAGUCUAUCAGAGGUCCAUAGGCAAAAACAAUGGAGUUUUGGGAUUUAAUACUUAGAGAAGAAGAAGCCCAAGAAGCCCAUCAAGAAAUGAAUGAAGAAGUAGCAGUUCUGAUGGAGAGACUGGAGGAAGAAAUCUCAGUUGAUCAUCCAUUAUCAACAUUAUCAUCUUCUUCUUCUUAUUGUUCUUCUUAUUCUUGUGCUAAUUGUUGUGUUCAGAGUGAUUCAGCUUUUUCCAUGAGUAGUAGCAGUUCUAGGCUUUCAAGUCAAUUGGACUGUGAGUUAAAAUGUAGAUGCCAUGAAAAAAAUGGUGUUGGUCUUAAUGGUUAUGUUUCUGAUGAGUUGGGUUAUCUGCUAGGGGCCUCUGAUGAGGAGCUUGGCAUACCUACUGAUAAUACUAACAGUAAUGGUAAUUAUAUUGGAGUUUUAGGAGAGAGUUUUUUGGCUUCUGCUAAUAGUACCUUAGGUUUUAAUACAGAGGUUGGGGAUUUAGAUAUGUGGGAAAUGGGUUCUGGGGAGUAUUACAGUCAGCCUUAUUAUGGUGAUGAUAAUUAUUGUUUUGCAGAUAUCAUGACUGAGAUUGAUACAGAGCUUACAUUGCAAAGUACUGUGUUGUUGUAACAUGUUAGGGGCAAAAGUGCCUUGAAACUAAUAAAGUUGUAGACAUAUGAUUUCCGCAGUCCAUAUCAUUAUUGGGCAUAUUUUUUAUAACAGCUGCGUGAGUUUAAAGUGUUUUGAAACUAAUAAAGUUGUAGACAUGAUUUCCACAGUCCAUAAUGUUAUUGUACAUGUUUCUGAUAACAGCUGCACGAGUUUAAUGAAUUUGUAGAUAGAUGAUGAAGUACUUGGGUUGUGAAAUUUGCCAACAAUUGGCUGAUUGUAAAGAAAUGUUUAAAGUAAAAGCAUUUCAUAUUGCAGUGUUUUAUGUGUACAGAUAAAUCUGAAAGAUUACAUAGAAUUUAACUGUACAUGGACAAAGAAGCUUUAAUGGGUA